AUGCCUGUCGUCAAAGGAGGUGUCUGGACGAAUAUCGAAGAUGAAGUUCUCCGUGCAGCUGUCUCCAAAUAUGGUCUCAACCAAUGGGCUCGAGUCUCCUCUCUCCUCGCUCGGAAGACACCGAAGCAAUGCAAAGCGCGCUGGAUAGAAUGGUUGGACCCUGGUAUCCGGAAGGUCGAAUGGUCGCGAGAGGAGGACGAAAAACUCCUACAUCUUGCUAAGCUGAUGCCCACACAAUGGCGUACCAUUGCUCCCAUCGUCGGUCGAACUGCGACACAAUGCCUUGAACGAUACCAGAAGCUUUUGGACGAGGCCGAAGCUCGUGAAAAUGAUGAGCUUGGUUUGGGUGGACCAGAGGGUGGAGAGUCAGCCGCUCCCAGUGCAGAUGACGUUCGCCGCUUACGUCCUGGUGAGCUAGACCCUGACCCAGAAUCAAAGCCAGCGCGCCCCGACACCAUCGAUCUGGAUGAAGAUGAGAAGGAAAUGCUCAGUGAGGCGCGUGCGCGUCUUGCUAAUACACAGGGUAAAAAGGCGAAGCGAAAGGCUCGAGAACGUCAAUUGGAAGAGUCCCGUCGACUGGCAGUGCUGCAGAAGCGCCGUGAGCUCAAAAAUGCCGGUAUUAAUGUUAAGGUCGUCACUCGGAAGCCUGGGCAGAUGGACUACAACGCAGACAUCCCAUUCGAGAAACCAGCCGCCCCGGGUUUCUACGAUACUGCAGAGGAGGAAACACGGAAUGAACGUCAACGCGAACUGUUUGAUCCUCGGAAGCAGCAGUUAGCCAACAAGCGAAAGGGUGACCAAGAUGACGAUGCCGAUCGCAAGAAGCGCAAGAACGACAAGAACAGCAACGCAGCCGCAUUUGCCGCCGCCGCUCGCGCGGGUCAAAUGCAAAAGAUUCGAGAGGCAGAGCAAAGCAGCAUGCGACGAAGUCUGGUGAUGCCUGCACCUCAAAUCAGCGAAGGCGAAAUGGAAGACAUUAUCAAGAUGGGCAUGGCUGGGGAAAAGGCUAGCCGAAUGAGCUCAGAUGAAGAAGCCACCCGGGGGCUGAUUGGAAAAUACGGAUCGAUUGUAGGAGGUACUCCUAUCCGUACACCACUCGCUCCUCCUGAGGAGGACCGUAUCGCAAACGAGAUUAAGAACAUUCGGGCUUUGACCGAAACACAAUCCUCUCUGCUUGGUGGAGAGAACACUCCCCUCCACGAGGGUGGUUCAUCCACUGGCUUCGAUGGCAUCGCUCCCAGGAGGCAGGAUAUUGUCACACCUAACCCUAUGGCCACACCGUUCCGACAAGCUAACGGUAUGGGCGCAACUCCUAUGCAUGGUGGGAUCGGGCCUGGUGCUACUCCGCUGCGAACACCCCGCGAUCAUCUUGCUCUGAAUCAAGAGGGUGCUGCCGGACAGCUUAUUGGCAGCACACCGCGAGACAUUAAGUUGCAUGAAAACUUCACACGCCAGCAGAUUCGCAGCAAGCUAUCUUCGCUGCCUAAGCCCAAGGAAUCGGAAUGGGAAUUGGAGGAGCUUCCAUCUGAAACAGCCGAGCCCACCGAGUCUGUCGCAUUCACCCAAGAAGACGCAGCUGAGCGAGAUCGCAGAGACCAAGAAGCCCGGGAGCUGGCCGCUCAGGCUGAAUUCAAGCGCCAGUCGCAAGUGUACCAACGUGGCCUCCCUCGACCAGUCGUCCUUGACAUUCAAGCUCUUAUGAAGCGUGCUUCUCUGGUCAAUGACUCAAUUGAGAGUGUGAUUGCCCGAGAGGCUGCUGUGUUGAUCGCGUAUGAUUCUCGUAAACAUCCCGUGCCUGGUUCUAAGGUAGAGGGCAAGGCCCCCAAAAUGGGACGCCCAGAUGAUGUCUACAUGGAUGCUGCGCGCGCAGCUAUUGCCGCAGAAAUUGCCUCUACUGAAGCCCAGCAACAACAAGAGGAGUGGCAAGAGAAGUUUGAUGAUGUCUGGUCGUCAACACGUGCCAACGCCCUUCCGGGCCUAGAUGGUUACGCCGACGACGAAGAGCAAGAUCUAUUUGAAGAAGAGCAGCGGAUGAUCACAGCCUUUGAUAGUGUUCAAUCAAAUCUUCUCGCUACCGCCGAGCAGGGUAACAAACUUGAAGGAAAGCUUGCCAAGGUCCAUGGUGGAUACCAGAAACGAGCCAAAACACUCCGCUCCAAAAUUCUUGAAGCCAGCGCGGCUUUACCCAAGGCACAAGAUGACUUGGACUCUUUCCGCACACUCCAGAUCUCUGAAGAAGCUGCCAUUUCUCGGCGCCUGGAGAAGCUACGUGAAGAUGUGUCCUUCAUCAUGCGCCGUGAGCGGGAGGCUCAAGAAUUGUAUAAGACACGGAAGGAUGAGCUGGAUGAGAUGGUUGCCGGUACCGCUACAGUGAAUGGGUGGCAUUGA